UUUAGUAACUGGAACAUGCAAAAUCUUCCCACAGUUGAAUCAAUUCUAGACUCAUGUGUGUCUGAAAUAUCGACCAAACCCAUUUCUCAUAACUGAGGGGAAUCCCAGCAAACCAGACAGACAAAAUGUCAAUGGAAACUGCUACUCCUUUAGUUUAAUAUUCUGUAAAAUAUCACAAAUCUAAAACCAUGCAGUGACAAGACAUGCAACUCAAAGCUACACCCAUUCUUUCUAUACUUCCUCGUAUUCUACUGUCUUCCUAUUCUUUUAUUAUCAUUAUGUAGUAAGAAUGGCAUUAAGUUAUAUUGGUUUGCAUAAUGACACAUGGCUUCCGAUCGCAUGAACUUCCUCAAAUAUCUCAUGCUGAUCCUUUGCACUGCGGCAGUGCCCUCAGACGACUUGCACUCUCUUUUCAACUAAAAACAACUUUUAUAACCUUGAAAUGAUGGAGAAAAAUGGAGGAAGACCGCGUCAGCAACAUUAUGGGCUGGUUUCGUCAGCGUUUUGGAAAACAAAGGAAUGAUUCUGACCAAGUUAAACCAUGUUCUCAGACGAGCUCCUCCGGACACUCCAACACCAGCGGCUCGGUGUGCUCCUCAUCCUCCUCCUCUUCCUCCGUGAAAUCCUCCAUAUCAGCCAAGCCAUCAUCCUCAGAUCAGACUCUGCCCUCCGUGCUCUCCUCCCCCUUCCGCUCCUCUCUCAGAUUUGACGUUUUCGUGUGUCACAACGAUGAGGACAGUGAUCUAGCACAGAGUCUGGCCUCUUUCCUAGAAGCCCCGUCUAACGGUCUGCGCUGUUACCUGCAGGAGCGGGACUGUCCCGCAGGAGGCGCUGUGUCUACUGAGCUGCUGCAGGCGGUGCAGGACAGUCACUGCUGGCUGUUACUCGUCACUCCAAACUUUGUGAAGGAUGACUGGUGCUUGUAUCAGAUGCACCAGGUCCUGUCUGAAGGGCCCAUGUCCCAGAGGAUCAUCCCGGCUGUAGUAAACAUGCCCAGAUCACAGCUUCCGCCCGAACUGCGCUUCCUCUUCACUGUGGAUCUGAACACGAACAAAGAGUUCGGAUACACUUUAGUCUUCAGAGCGGUGCUUCAGUAUUUAAAGGACAUGUCUGAGAAGAAAAAGCCCAGCAGUGCAUCUCAAUCUGACGGCUGAGAACAGACUCAAACUAUCAGCAUUCAUUGCAUUGACCGCAAUGACAAGAUUGUUCACUUCCAUGAAGUGACGUCCAAGUUCUCAAAAUUAAUUUAAAGAUGAAUAAUGUCAAAAUUGGUUCAUUUAACCUUCAUGCCUUAUACAUAUAUAACACAUAUACCGGUCUUUUCUGCUCACCAAGUGUGCAUUUAUUUGCCAAAAAAUACAGUAAA